GGAAGUGCCGGCUAUCUGACACACAUUAUGCUUUUAAUGUUGCGGACAGCUAAUUCGAAACAAAGUCAUCAGCAAGGCCCCAAGGUAACACAAGCCGAAGAGAGGACUUCAACCAGCUGGUGGUAACCAUGGUCCUUCAGAUCCUUUCAGGUUUGGGACCUCUCAACACAGUUUGUUUGGACUGGAAGAAGACAUGGUUUGGGAAAGGAUUUAAGAUGCUUUUCCAUUGCCUACUCUCUGGCUUGAUACAACCGAUGCAGGAUCCUUUGUAAGCUUGAUCUCUGUGAUCACAAAACGUUGAAGGUGUCCCAUUACUUCUGUGCACACUUAGACUGAGGAAAAUGCAGAAAUCACUUUACUACGAUAAUCCAAGUUCUUUUGGAGGCUGUGAUUUCCCAGACUCCAAUGACAUUGGCUACCUAGGGCAAGAUACUUACUCAAGUGAACCUGAUUACGAGCCUGCUUUCUGUCUCCAGGCAGACACCACCACCACCACCACCACAGCUGCUGCCACCAAAGGUGAGCUCAGAGUCAAAGGUAUACAUUCCCAUCUGUCUGACGUCUCGGAAAGAGCCCACCAGCCCAAAUCACCCAGCUCUGCGUCCCCCACCCCAAAAUCGACAGGAAACCAGAACAGCCCACCCAAGGACUGCACUGGACCCAACUCUGUCGACGUCACAGCCACCAAAAAGAACAGCAAGGCCACCAACAUCCCCAAACAGAUCUUCCCAUGGAUGAAGGAAACUCGUCAGCACUCUAAGCAGAAGAAGGCCAUCCCACCCCCACCAGAGGAUGAAAGCUUCCUGGACAACUUGAGCUCAGCCUCCAAAAGGGCCAGGACUGCUUACACCAACUCCCAGCUGGUAGAACUGGAGAAAGAAUUUCACUUCAAUCGCUACCUCAGUCGCCCAAGAAGACUGGAAAUGGCCAAACUGCUCAAUUUAUCUGAGAGACAAAUAAAAAUCUGGUUUCAGAACAGGAGGAUGAAGUAUAAGAAAGAUCACAAAGGGAAAGGUGGAAGUGUCUCUCCUGGGGGACAGUCUCCCAGCACAAGUCCCUUACUGGUAUCAUACUCCAACCCGCUACCUCUAGAUGAGGACAAUGGCUAUGAUGUGCCCAUGGUCAACUCAUUUAACAAGACCCCUGGGAACAUGUAUGGCUUAACUGCUUACUCAGCACCCCUGUUUGAGAACCCCCAGACCCAAAAGCGAUAUGGGGCCCAUUCCCUCUCCUCUGAGUAUGAAGACCCACAUUUGCAUGGUGAGGACACCUAUGACACCUGUGGACUGGAAGGAAGCCAGAGUUACAUUGCAGGAAAUUACCUGGAGAAUGGAAACUGCUCCAUGUUCAACCUCCCCCAUCCUUCUUCAGAUAGCAUGGACUACAGCUGUGCAGCUCAGAUCCCUAGCAAACACCAUCUAGGACCCUGUGACCCACAUCCCACCUACACAGACUUAAACAUACAUCCUGUGCCUCAGGGUUGUUCUCAAGAGCCCCCAGUGCUGACACAUCUGUAGGACUGUCAACCACAUGAAACCAAGGCAAUUUUCCCAGCUCCAUUAUGUUAUUAAAAAAGAAAGCCCUGUACAUGUAAAUGUGUCCCAGUAUUACACCCCCCUACCCCCCCAAACAUCCCACAUGUAUUUAUUGAGCUAUGCACAAUACACAACUAUGCAUGGGUGAUGCAAAAGUAAUUUCACAUAAGCAAACAAUUACAAGCUAUUUCAAACAAAGUGCCCUAUCUUCUAAAUAGUGUAUGUAACCUUUUACCCAUAGUGGACUAUUUCACAUGAAUGAAUGUUAUCUAUUAAUUUACCUUCCAAUUUAGCCCAUUACCCCUAUCCAACAGAUUUCACAGUAUUCCUAUUCUAUUUUGAACUAUAUUUAUGUGAAACAGAUUUUUGUUUCGAAAACUUCACA